AACAAAAUUGGCUUAUUAUAUUCCCAUGCGUAAGUGGCAUAAGACUACACAUACAAAUUAUCGGACUUUUCUCAUCCAAAAAUCUCCAUUUCAUCGGAAAACGAAGAUCGGAGCUUUCGAUUAAAUCAAUUCGUUUUGCCGUUCGAUACUUCCCGAUCUCAAAAUGAACGACGGAGAUGUGUCCAAGCAGAUCCAUCAGAUGGUCAGAUUCAUCCGCCAAGAAGCGGAGGAGAAGGCCAAUGAGAUUUCUGUUUCCGCUGAAGAAGAAUUCAACAUUGAGAAGUUACAGUUAGUGGAAGCGGAGAAGAAGAAGAUUAGACUGGAAUACGAGCGUAAAGAGAAACAAGUUGACGUUCGUAAGAAAAUAGAGUACUCCAUGCAACUCAAUGGCUCUCGGAUCAAAGUUCUUCAAGCUCAGGAUGACUUGAUUAGCUCCAUGAAGGAAACAGCAGCAAAGGAGAUCUUACAUGUUAGCAAUCACCACAACCACCAUAGCUAUAAGAAGCUUCUGCAUGAUCUUAUUGUUCAGAGUUUACUCAGACUUAAAGAGCCUUCUGUUUUACUGCGUUGCCGGAAAGAUGAUGUAAACCCGGUGGAAGAUGUACUGGAUGCAGUAAGGGAGGAGUAUGCAGAGAAGGCAAUGGUCCACACACCUGAGAUCAUAAUUGACCACAUCCAUCUUCCACCAGCCCCAUCUCAUCAUAAUGCGCAUGGUCCUUCUUGUUCUGGAGGAGUGGUACUGGCUUCUCGAGAUGGGAAAAUUGUGUGUGAGAACACUCUAGAUGCCAGAUUGGAAGUUGUGUUCCGUAAAAAGCUACCCGAGAUCCGCAAGUGUCUAUUUAGUGGGAUUGCUGUCUGAGGGGCUGGAAGUUAAUCUAUAUUUAUCACAUGUCUCAGAUUCUGAGAUAGGCUAUCAGCAUAUAAUCAUCUAAAGGCUUGCUUGUAUACAAUUUCUUAUCUAAAAGACAUACUCUGCCCAGUUUUUCUGAUACUAAAUUCCCAGGUGCUUAGCGACAACCUCGUGUUAAGUAAUCCUUUAUACUCUAGCAUUAAGCUUUAAUACCCUUUUCCAUUAUAAUGAUCUGCAAUAAGUGUAUGUUGGAUGAUCUGAGUUUGUUUUGUUAAGGCAUAAAUAAAACGAUAUGAGUGGCCGCCCUCUAUACUUCACUGCUGUUUACCAUAAGAUUUUCAUGAGAGGGAAGGGUAAUGUCUGGUGCAUACAUAGUUGGUCUGUAACCAAUUCAUAGUCACUAAUAUAUAUGGAUUCCUAUUGUGAGACAUUAAUACCUUUAUUGAUGGCAAAUCCUCUCGUAUUUGCUCUUGAUCCUAAUGAAGUUUCGAUACAGAUUUCUUGA